UAUUACACUGUUUGGACACCCCCACAGAUAAAAUAGUUGAGUCUGUUCAUAGAUAGCUCUAGACUAGACCACAUACAAAGCUAGUCAUGUUGCGUUUUCUAAUUAUUUUAAGCCUGCUCAGAAGAGCUUAUCUUUCAGAUAUAAUUUCUAAUGGAGAUACAGCUGUUUUAUUCGGUGAGGAUGCCAAACUCUCUUGCACACUCCCAAACGCAUCUGGAGUCAAACAAGUGACCUGGCAGCGGGUGCGCGCUGAUGAACGCGUACAAACUCUGGCCACAUUCAGUGAACGCUUCAAAGAGCAUGUGGAUUAUCAGUAUGUUGGAAAAGUCAGCUUCACCGUGGCGUCAUUUAAUUCAACGUCUAUUGUGAUAAAAAACGUAACAUUUGAAGACGAGGCUUGCUAUAUUUGUUCCUUCAAAGUGUAUCCAAUAGGGCCCAAACGGGAAACAUUGUGCCUCACUAUUAAAGGUAUAUCAAAAAUAACAGCAACACUGAAUUCUGCACCCAAUUCCGAUGUUAAAAUCUCAUGUUCAGCCACUGGUAAACCUACUCCAACUCUCCAUUGGAAAUCCACAGAGAAAGAGCUGAACCUCAGGUUGAACAAUUUCACAGUGCUCAGCAAUGACAGCUCAUCCACUGUUACAAGUAACCUCACACUUCCAAUGUCACAUUUCCAAGGGAAGUAUGUAGAAUGUUUAGCUCAAAGUGGCACCAUGGAGAGCAGCUUCAAAAUCUAUGUUCCUGGAGAAGAAAAUAAUGCCACAUUAAGAAAUUAUAUCAUAACAAUUGUGGUCCUCAUUAUCGUCUGUGUUGUCAUUACUGCAAUCUAUAUUUACACCAAGAUAAAUGAUUCUAAAGAAGUGAAAACAUCUGCUUCUACUGCAUAAACUGCAACACAUUCCUGGAUUGCACAGCUGCCACUUAAUACAGCAAUCUAAAAAUCUUUUAGAAAACUUUUGUUGUCUGUACAAAAGAUCACAUCAUGUUCACAUUCUUGGAUAGGCUAUUUAAUAUAAGUUUUUUUUUUUAAACAAUUGUAUAGAUUGUACAUACUGUAUUAUUAAUGAAAAAUAUUAUUAAAACCUAGAAUACUAAUGAUAAUUAAUACUAAUGAAUAAUAAUACAAAAAGUUAGGCCUAUAUAAUAUAGCAGUAUAUAUUGUAUACAAGUUUAUCAAAUUAUGCACUUUCUGUGUAAGAGUUUUAAAGUGUUUUCCCCAAAAAAGUUUUUCAAGGAUCCUGGAUUCUCCAUUUGCACUUUAAGAUCAUAUAUAUUUUUGUAAAAUAUAUAUAUAUAUAUAUAUAUAUAUAUAUAUAUAUAUAUAUAUAUUAUUGUUCUUACUCCACAGUGGUUCCCAAUUCACACAGCAAUCCCAGUCACCAUAUUUAUUGAGUCCUAUAGGAGUAGUCUCAUGAUGUCACAGUGUGUGAUGAGAUUAAAGGCUGGGGAAUUUCCACAAAUAUGUCCUCGUUCAAGAUGCAAAUAAAGACCUGGCUGAUGUGGAUCUUACCAGAAAAAAAUGCAACAUCCUAAAUUGAAUGUCUGGACAUUUGCAAAAAUAUUUGCUGUUACGCUUAAUGUUAAAAAUCUAUGAGCAUCCUAAAGAAUCCAAAGCCACAGGAUUUAGGGGGAUUGAUGGCAGCUACAGCUCUAGGAAAGAAGCUGUGCUUUACUCUGUUUGUGCAGGACUUGAUGACUCUGUACCUCUUCCCUGAUGGCAGGGGUAUAAAUAGACUGUGUCCUGUGUGGGUGUGAUCCUUGCUGAUAUUGCAAGCCUUUUUAUGUAGUCAGCUAGCAUACACAGUGUCCAGGUCUGGCAGCUCAGAUCCUAGCAGCUGAUUUUACUACACAAAGCAGAUCUUUGUGUUUUUCCCCAGUGCAGCUGGCGUACCACACCGUGGUGCAGUGGGAGAGGAUGCUUUCUAUGGUGCUGCGAUAGAAGUUCACCUGGAGCUGUGUCGGUAGUUUGUCCUGCUUGAGUUUUCUCAAUAAGAAUAGCCUCUGUUGUGCUUUCUUCACGAGGUGGGAGGUGUUGAGGGACCAUGAGAGAUCUUUUGUUAUGUAGACUCCAAGGAACUUGAUGUCGUUCACACUCUUAACAUUCUCUCCGUUUACGUGUUCUCCUGAAGUCUACAAUGAUCUCUUUGGUUUUAGUGGUGUUCAGCACCAGGUUGUUGUCCGUAUACCGCUCGACCAGAUAUUAAACCUCCUCCCUUCAUGCCGUUUCUUCAUUUUCGGAUAUGAGUCCUACUACAGUGGUGUCAUUAGCAAACUUUACAAUUGUGUUGGAAGAGUGGGUUGUGGUGUAGUCAUGAGUGAAAAGGGUGUAUGAGCUGAGCACAAAUCCCUGUGGCACUCCUGUGUUCAGGAUGACUCUUCUAACAUUUUGUGGUCUGUUAGUUAGGAAGUCCGCAAUCCAAGAGCAGAGUGAAGAGCCUAGGCCCAGUUUGCCGAGUUCGAUUGUGAGUUUAUGAGGGAUUAUAGUAUUGAGGGUGGAGCUAAAAUCAAUGAAUAACAUCCUAACAUAGUUAUUAGGCUGAACCAGGUGGGACAGGGCUGUGCAAGCAAGACAGCGUCACCUGUAGAUCUGUUCUCUCGAUAGGCGAAUUGGUAGCUACCUAGGUCCCUGGGGAUGAUGUCCUUGAUGUGCAAGAGUAUGAGUCUCUCAAAGCACUUCAUAAUAACAGGGAUUAAUGCAACUGGUCUAAAUACUCAAGUCUGCUUGUGAUCCAUUUUGUAAUGCACUCCAAUUUCAUUGGUCUUUAUGUUUUUCAAUACAUGUCCACAAGGAUCAGGGUCUGUGAGUAGUGUGCGUGUUUGUGUUUAUUUUGGGGAGACCGGAGCUGUUGUCACACAUUUUUACUCCAGUGAAUAUAGCUCAGGAUAGAUUUUAGGCACAUACAGAUGGGAAAAAUGGAAAUUGUAACAUCAAACCAUUUUUAUUUGACCCUGUUACAUUAGCAAUAAGUCAAAAUAUUAUUGUAUUUAUUACAGUUAUGUUGUUAUUAAAACCUGGCUAUCCAACAAACCAGUUAGCUGAAUUUGAUCAGUUCCUGUAAUAAAAAAAAAAUCCCAAA